AUGGGAGGAACCGACGUUCCCAUGGGACCGGUUAUGAAGCGCACGAAGAUCUCCAUAACGAGGGAAAAGCGUAUCCGAAACGAUGAUCCCGAUGGCCCCAUCACGUUCGAUGACGAGGACAUGGAAGGCAUUGCCCAACCACAUAAUGACGCACUGGUAAUCUCUAUCCUUGUCAAUAAUUUUAGAAUUAAACGUGUGCUGAUUGAUCCAGGUAGCUCGGCUAAUAUCAUCCGAUGGAGAGUCAUCGAACAGCUGGGACUACUAGAUCAGAUCGUGCCGGCCAUACGAGUCCUCAAUGGAUUCAACAUGGCAUGCGAAACGACUAAAUGCGAGAUCACUCUACCGAUCAGCAUGGCAGGAAUCACGCAGCAGACGAAAUUUUAUGUGACAGAAGGUGAUAUGGGAUAUAAUGCACUGCUGCGCAGACCAUGGAUUCAUCUCGUAAGAGCGGUUCCCUCGACUAUGCAUCAGAUGUUGAAAUUCCUGACCUCAGAAGGUAUCAAAACCAUCCGUGGUGAACAGCAGGCUGCAAAAGAAAUGUUCGCGGUUAAAGAAUCCGCUAAGACCAUAAAAGCUCCAGAUCGGGGUGAAGGGAAGAAUGUCAAAUAG